UUCGUCGAUUACAUGCCACUUAAAAGCUUGCUAGAAACUUCGAGCGACCAAAAGUGUGCGGUGUUUCAUGAAUCUUGAGUUUGAUCUUCCACCGGAUUCGAUCGUAGAUGUUGCGCUGUCGGUGUCGAUCACAAAGAAGAUAUGUCGAGUAGCCACUUUGAGGGAGAACAUACCCGAAGCUUGACAGUGCGGUUUACCGAAAGGUGAAAGCCAGGAGCAAUUUGACUGAAGGAUAAAACAGGUUUUCUAAUAGGGAAAGACUGGGUAGACAAACGUGUGGUGAUAGGUGCGGGAAUGGGCUCCGACUUGGUCAACAAACCUCCGCGUGACCACGAGAAGCUGGUAUAAGGGCUCGGAGGGUGGAAGGGAGACAGGGAGAAGAAGAGGGAGUUGGGAAGGAAGGAAGGAAGAAGGAAGAAGGAAGAGAUGAAGUCCGUCAGGACUUACCCCAGGGCUGAGCCCAGGAGAACAGGGAACGCCUUCAUCGUAGCAUCCAUGCUUCUUUCUCUCUGCAUCCUCUCCUUCGUCAAGGCCCGCUAUUGUUCGGCUCCAUACGCCAAGUCGCAGGCGUCUACGGAUAUAGAAAUGAACAUGGAAGCUAUAAGGAUGGUGACAGCCAGGAGUGCCGACCAUGCUCUAAAAGGGAUCGGUGAUGAAGAAGGUAGCACGGUGUCAAUGGGCAAGGCGAGUGAAGAGAAAGCUGUUGCGGACUCGAAGAAACCCAUCUGCUCCGAAACAAGCCGGAGAUCGAAUGUUUGUGAAGCAGAAGGUGAUAUAAGGGUGAAAGGAAGCUCUCAGACCAUCUUCUUACACCCUUCCUUGACUAGCCAAGAAUGGAAGAUCAAACCUUACGCCCGAAAGCACGACCAGGCCGCCAUUGCCCAUGUAAAGGAAUGGACAAUUAAGCCGUUCACAGAUCAGGAAACACGCCCAAGAUGCACCGAGAAUUAUACGGUGCCGGCGGUGGUCUUCUCGAUCGGCGGGUUCACGGGGAACCUCUUCCACGACUUCACCGACGUGCUAGUCCCUCUGUUCAUCACCUCCUACCGGUUCGGUGGCGAGGUUCAGUUCGUCAUCGCCGACGCGAAAUCCUGGUGGCUGAGCAAGUUCAGCUUGAUUCUGAAGCAGCUGUCCAAGUACGAGGUCAUCGACGCCGACAACGACCAGGACGCGGUGCGGUGCUUCCCGCGAGUGAUCGCGGGCCUGAGCUUCCAGAAGGAACUCGGCGUCGACCCCUCGAGGACUCCCGGCGGGUUCUCCGUGGUGGACUUCAAGGAGAUGCUGAGGAACGCGUACGGACUGGAGAGGCCGAGGGCGGAGCCGUCGGGGGACGAAUGGGACUUGAGGAGGAAGCCCCGGCUGUUGAUCAUAUCCCGGAAGAGCUCCCGAGUGUUCUUGAACGAGAGGGGGAUGGCAGACAUGGCCAUGAGCCUGGGCUUCGACGUGAGGAUCGCCGAGCCGGAGAUAACCACCGACCUGGGGAAGUUCGCGAGGCUGGUGAACUCCGCCGACGUGAUGAUCGGAGUCCACGGCGCCGGGCUGACCAACAUGGUCUUCCUCCCCGCAGGAGCCGUGUUCAUCCAGGUGGUUCCCAUGGGCAACCUGGAGUGGCUGGCAAGAGACACCUUCCAGACGCCAUCACCGGAGAUGCAACUCAAGUAUUUGGACUACCGCAUCCAAGCGGAUGAGAGCACGCUGAGCGAUCAGUACCCCAAGGAUGACCCCGUGUUCACGGAUCCUCAGUCGAUCCACAAGAAAGGGUGGCAUGAGCUGAGCAGAGUAUACUUGGACAACCAAAACGUGAAGCCUCAUCUGGGAAGGCUGAGGCUAACAUUGUUGGAAGCUCUCAAGUUCCUGCCUCACACCCGGACGACGACCGCUCGGUGACUGCUCUGCUCGCACCUCUUCUUCUUCUUCUUCUUCUUCCUCCUUUUUCUUCAGAACUUACAAUUCAUUGUUUCGUUUUAAGGACGUAGAUAAUUAAACCUUAGUUCGUUUGUCUAAACCGGAGUAUAGUGAUGUUUACACUUUGUGAUAGUCACCAAUAAUGAGAGUAUAGUGAAUCAAAAUGAUUUCAAGUCCAGAAAUUUCCAUUCGAUUCGAUCA